UCACUGCUGGGAUUCCCCUGUUUCCUGUUAAAAGCGUGAAAUGAAAAAUCUGAUGAAAUUGUCCUAUCACCUGGACUAAUAUUAAUUUUCAUUAGAAAGAUUUGCGAAGUAUGGAUAACAGCUGUAAUUUGUACUAGACUCUAUAUCGCAUCAAACAAGGAUGGCAGACUGUCAAAGUAAAGAUAAAAAAGGUGCAGUUCCUGAUAAUAUCAAAACACCCAAUGAAGGUAAAAAAAAGCAGAAAUCAAAAAGUAAAUCACCACGAGGCCAGGAUUCAGUGAAGUCACACAGUCCAGGUGGCGCAGCUGUACAACAAGAGACAAAGCGACCAGAUUCUAAAAUUAAACAAAGUGAUGUAAAGAAAGAUACACCCGGUACUCAAAUGGAAAAUCCUAAAGAAAUGAAAAAAAAACACAGCAAAGAAGAAAUUCAGAAGACAAACAAAAAUGAAAUUCAGCAGACGAAGAUCAAUCAAAAAUCAUCUUCUGUUGACGUUCCUGGAUCAUCAACAGAAACAACCGAUGGUCAACCAAAAUCUAAGGCUCAGUUGAAAGCUGAAAGACGAGCAGUUCAGGAAGCCCAGAGAGCUGCUAAAGCUCAACAGAAACCAGGGCAACAACCAGUGAAGAAAGACAAACCCCAGGAGUCAAAGAGAGUACCGGAUCAUGUCAAGGCUGAUUUACCAGAUACACAAAAAAAAGUUGCAAAAAAAUUAGAGAAACAGCAAGUACCACAGAGAACCUCCGUACAGCGUAAAAUAAAAUUAUUUAAUCAUCUCCAGCAAUAUCAGCGUGAAGUUUCCUUUACACAAAUUAACAGAUUUACAAGUAGUGGUAUACAUCCAGCCAUUAUUAAACUAGGUUUACAGUAUGCUGAAGGUUUGAUAGUAGGAUCUAAUGCCAGAUGUGUCGCAUUGUUAGCUGCUUUUAAAAAGGUUAUAACAGACUACAUAACUCCACCUCAAAAAGAACUGUGUAGAGAUUUAGAUAGUAAAAUAAAACCAUAUAUAAGUUUUUUAAUACAAUGCCGCCCUCUGUCUGUCAGUAUGGGAAAUGCCAUUAAAUAUUUAAAAUGGCAUAUAACACAUACACCUCAUGAACUUAGUGAUUCUAAGGCGAAACAGAGUUUAUGUGAAUGUAUUGAUACGUUUAUCCAUGAGAGAAUCACGGUUCCAGCAGAUGCUAUAUCGACGUAUGCUUGUAAAAAAAUCGCAGAUGGCGAUGUUAUUAUGGUUUAUGCUUGUUCCUCGUUGAUACGUCAUGUUUUAUUAGAUGCUUAUAAACAAGGAAAGAGAUUUCGUGUUAUAGUUGUCGAUGGUCGACCAAAACUAGAAGGUAGAUUUUAUUAA